AUGGCAUUUAGUUUAUGCUGUCCUUGGUUGGAUAAACGUGUACCAAGCCUACAGUUGCGGAGCAUAGAGGAGCCAGCAGGUGGCGCGGGCGCCGGAAUGCCCGCGCCCACCUGCUACGACUCCGAAUGUGCACGUACCGAAGCCUGGCUCGACGAAAAUCAGGAGUUUGUUCAUGAUUACUUCCUGAGGAAGGCGACGCGGCAAGUGGUUGACGCGUGGUUGGUAUCGCACGCGACGCCACCUAGCGCAGAGCUCGCGUCGCCGUCUCGCGCCGGCUCCGGUUCUGGGGCUACCACACCUGUCAGGAAGAUCUCAGCUCACGAAUUCGAGCGUGGCGGUCUUUUAAAACCGUUGGUAACGACGGUGGACGGCACACCUACAUUUCUUGGAGACCAGCCUCCUCAUGCAACUCCUUCACGACCACAAAGACGGUCACGGCAUGAGCUGAGACAACUGGACGAAAAGGAACUUAUAUUCGAACUAGUGAAAGACAUAUGCAACGAGCUUGAGGUGCGAGUUCUAUGUCACAAGAUCCUUCAAAAUGUCUCCAUACUCCUGGACGCUGAUAGAGGUUCAUUGUUUCUAGUGCAGGGAGACAGGGCGUCACCUAACCCUCAAAAUGGCAGAUGUUUGGUGUCAAAGUUGUUCGACGUUUGCUCAAAGUCAACACCCGAGCAGAUGGAACAGCUGGAAGAGAUACGGAUACCGUGGGGCAGCGGCAUCGUCGGAUAUGUUGCCGAGAGCGGCGAGCCUGUUAACAUACCUGAUGCAUAUAAGGACGAGAGAUUUAACCACGACAUAGACCAGCAGACAGGUUACAAAACGAGAUCACUUCUCUGCAUGCCUAUUAAAGACAUCAACGGAGAGGUCAUCGGUGUUGCUCAGGUGAUAAACAAACAAAACGACGGUCCCUUCACGGCUAACGAUGAAAAAGUGUUCGCGUCGUAUCUUCAAUUCUGCGGCAUCGGGCUGCGGAAUGCACAACUUUAUGAAAGGUCACAGUUGGAAGUCAAAAGAAACCAAGUACUCCUCGACCUCGCCAGAAUGGUGUUCGAGGAACAGAGCACUAUUGAACACAUGGUCCUUAGAAUACUCACGCACACUCAAAGCCUCAUUCGAUGCCAACGAGUACAGGUACUUUUAGUGCAUGAAGCAUCCAAGGGCAGUUUCUCUAGAGUUUUCGACUUAGAGGCAGGAGACGACACCGACCCGGGGACACCAAGAACAUCUCCUUACGAGAGUCGAUUUCCAAUCAACAUUGGAAUUACCGGUUAUGUGGCUACUACAGGCGAGACGGUGAACAUUGCAGAAGCCUAUUUAGAUCCUCGGUUUGAUGCGUCUGUCGAUGAAGGUACCGGAUUUAAACACAACACAAUACUCUGCAUGGCUAUUAAGAAUUCCGAAGGGAGGAUUAUCGGCGUUAUCCAGCUUGUUAACAAAUUUGAUGAACUGCUUUUCACAAAGAACGAUGAGAACUUCGUGGAGGCGUUCGCGAUAUUCUGCGGAAUGGGCAUACACAACACACAUAUGUAUGAAAAGGCGAUAACCGCCAUGGCCAAGCAAAGCGUUACGUUGGACGUACUAAGUUACCAUGCUUCUGCAUCAUUAGACGACGCUCAACGGUUACGGACAUUAAGGAUACCCUCGUCAGCUCACUUCAGUCUCCAUGAGCUGGAGUUCGAUGAUAUAGAUCUAACCGAUGACGAUACAUUACGUGCCUGCCUCCGAAUGUUUCUUGAUCUCGAUUUUGUAGAGCGGUUCCAUAUAGAUUACAGUGUACUCUGUAGGUGGCUGUUGAGUGUCAAGAAGAAUUACCGCAAUGUAACUUAUCACAAUUGGAGGCACGCGUUCAAUGUCGCACAGAUGAUGUUCGCUAUUCUGACAGAGACGCAGUGGUGGAAGAUAUUCGGUGAAUUAGAAUGUUUGGCGUUAAUCAUCGGUUGCCUGUGUCACGACCUUGAUCAUCGAGGGACCAAUAACUCGUUUCAAAUCAAGGCAUCGUCACCACUGGCACAGCUGUACUCCACAUCGACAAUGGAACAUCACCAUUUCGACCAAUGCCUGAUGAUUCUCAACUCUCCCGGAAACCAGAUACUUCUCAAUCUUUCGUCUGAUGACUACGAGAAGGUAGUCAAGGUGUUGGAAGAUGCUAUCCUAUCCACCGAUUUGGCUGUUUAUUUCAGCAAGCGCAAGGCGUUCAUCGAGUUGGUGAGCGCGGGCGCGACUGGCGCGGGUAGCGCGGACGGCGCGGGGGGCGCGGGGGGCGCGGGGGGCGCGGCGGGCGCGAUGAGCGCGUGGGGCGCGUGCGACGAGCGGCGCGGGCUGCUGCGCGCCAUGCUCAUGACGGUGUGCGACCUCGCCGCCAUCACCAAGCCCUGGCCCGUCGAGCGCCGCGUGGCCGCGCUCGUCGCCGGCGAGUUCUUCCGCCAGGGCGACCUCGAGCGGCAGAACCUGAACCUCACCCCCAUCGAUAUUAUGAACAGAGACAAGGAAGACGAACUGCCUGCUAUGCAAGUAAAGUUUAUUGACACCAUCUGCCUGCCAAUAUACGAGGCAUUUGCAGUUCUAUCUCCCGCCCUCCAACCGAUGCUGGACAGGGUGAAAUCCAAUCGUGCGCACUGGAUCGAUCUAUCCGACAACGACAAGAACGGCGACGACAAAAUAGAGUACAAUCUGGACAAGGAGCUCCCUGAAAAGAACGACAAGUCAAGCAUCAGCUCCCAGAACGUCGAUGACACGGAAAAUACGUACGAAGGAGAUAGCAGCGGAGCGUGGGUGAUAGUCUAUUUCAUCAAUUUAAAUAUAAUUAAAUCGUCUAGAGCAAGAGUUGAAGUAAACUUUAAUAGGUUUCAAAGUGAAUUGAAAUAUCAUCGAGGAAGAUGUCAAAACUGA